AUGCCAAUCAACAUAUCGCAAUACCCCAAACUCACCCCCCAACAAGCCGGCCACCUCCGGCACUUCCACAACCUCAGCAGCGCGCCCCACGGCGACUGGCCACACAUGGGCAGCCAGGAACCCGCGCAGGAGUUCCUCGACGCAUACCGGUACCAGCUCGCCACAAUGGCCUACGCAUCCGCCCUAACGCACUACCACCGCCUGCCCGCCAUGAAGAGCCUCUUCGCGCGCCUCCUCCACGGCCUCAUCACCAAGAUGCUGCGGCGUGAGGUCUGGGGGUACUGGUAUCUGACCUCCCAGUCCGGGAUUAUGCUCGACCCGGACCUGAAGGAGCUAAGGAAACCGUGGGCGGAUCCUAUUGUGAGGGAGAAUAUCAUGUAUAGUGGGCAUUUGUUGCUGAUGACGAGUUUGUAUGCGAUGUUGUUUGAUGAGGAUGAGUUUGAGAGGGAGGGGAGCCUGACGUUUCUGUGGAAUCCGUUGUUUUGGGGCAUGGGGGCUGAGAGGUUUGACUAUGAUAAUCGCAGUUUGCAGAGGGCUGUUGUGGAUGAGAUGGCGAGGAAUGACUGGGUGGGCGUCUGUUGUGAGCCGAAUUUGGUCUUUGUUCUUAUUGCGAUGCGUCUGAAUGAUGUCCGGGACGGUACGAGUGUCGGCAAAGAGGUUCUAGAGAAAUACAAAGACGCUCUGGACAGCAAGGGCAUGGUUUCUCGGGACGACCUAUACAAGGACUGGUUCGUGGUGAAGCAAGGACAGACCAAGCCAGCCAAAAGCGUCGGAUUCACUGCAUGGGCCGCCGCAUUCAUGAACACCUGGAAUUCCGACUUCGUUCGCGCCGGCUUUGAGAACCAUGUCAAAGGCUUUGUCACGAAAGUCAACGGUCAGGUAGAGGUACAGCAUCCCAUGAUUGCAUUUGCAUAUCGAGAGGCCAUGUCCACGGCAGAUACAAGUCAGGACCCUGCCCAGGUACUGAAAAGUGCGCGGGAAUACUACAAAGCGCAUAAGACGGACAUCAAAUUUCCCUACAAUGAGCCGACAUUCGGAUACAUCGUGAAGUGGCUCUCGGAGCUAGGGAAGACUACUGAACUGGACGAGGUUCUUGCGUAUGCGGAUACUCAUCUUCAGCCGACCUGGGAGAAUGGAGGACUCUAUUACCCCCGUAAUGACCAGGCCACAGAUGAUGACGGACGCUGGACUCAAAUGGAUGCAUUUACCGGUAAUGCAGCGAUUGGAUACGCGCGACUGAAUGUGGAAGACGGUAUGAAGAAGAUGUAUGACAGUCCAUGGACGAGGGAGACUCUGGAAAGCCGGCCAUAUGUAGAUGGUCUUGAUCUAUCGCAGGGCGUCGACUGUUUGAGAGGAGUGUGGGAUUCUGAGAAGGGUGCUGUCAUUGUCACUCUACGUGAAUGGGCUGGAUUGGGUACUGAUGUUUCCUUUUCAGUGGAGAGUCUCCCGGCUGGUAGCUGGUCAGUUCAUACAUCACAGGGAGGCCUCAUAAACUAUGAAAUUGCAAAACGGGGACGGAUUGUCGUGGAUGCGACGGUUGCGGCAAACGAGGAGGUUGACUUCGUGGUGCUCCUGGACAGGCAGUCUCAAGUCUGA